AUGGCCGUCACUACAUCCGAUCUAUUCGUUAAGCUGAAGGGCCAUCUAGGUCACACAAAGGCGAAGCUUUACCAGCCCGAUGCACCGAACUAUAAACAGGUGGAGCAGUGUUUCAUUGACAAGCCAGUUGAAACCCUUGGGGUAGUCAAGCCGCAAGACGCCGAUGAAGUCGCUUCGGUUUUUCAAUUUUGUCUUGAGAAUCAUGUCGAGUUUAGUGUUCGAUCAGGAGGUCAUGAUUGUGCCUCCCGCACGCUCGUUGACGGGGCUCUUGUCAUUGACAUGAGAGACAUCAACUAUGUUGCCAUUUCUGAUGAUAAGCAAAGCGCAAGAGUCGGUGGUGGCAUACUCAUAGGACAGCUGGCUAAGACUUUGGGCGAGGACGGUUUGGCUACACCAGUUGGAACUAUCGCCUCUGUUGGAUAUGUCGGAUGGAGCACCCUCGGCGGCUAUGGGCCUUUAACAUCUCACUACGGCCUCGGAGUUGAUCAGAUUCUCGGUGCCAAGAUCGUCAAUGCCAGUGGGGAAGUCCAGACUGCCGAUGAAGAAAUCCUUGUCGGUAUCAGAGGCGGCGGCGGAUCACUCGGUAUCAUCACCGAACUCACUAUCAAGGUUUAUCCAGUUCCAAAGAUCCUUUCCUCGACAAUUAUCUAUGAAUCAAGUGAUUUGGAAAAGGCCUUGACUUCAUACACACAGCAUUACGAAAAGCUACUAGCAGCCGAUGAGCUCCCAGUUUGUCUCCAGCUUCAACCAAUGGUUAUGCAAAUGCCCGGCCAAGGAGUGGUCUUCGGGGUCAUCGCCAACUGGCAUGGAGAGGAUAAAGAGGAGGGACGUGCCUGGAUCAAGAACUUUGUUGAAGCAGGAACUUGUGUCAUGGAAAUGACCCAGGAGAUAACCCUUGGUGAAAUCCUCGAGAAUAACGAGAAGAUGGUUACUUGGCCCUCAUAUGGUCGGGUUUUCACACUCAACGUCAAGGAACUAACAGCCAAGACAAUUUCGGUCCUUGCAAAGCACUGCAAUAACGCAGCCGGCGGGAGUCUGAUCUUCUCAUACCACACCUUACUCUCCGCCCAAGAGCCUACACAGAAAUCAGUUUUUGGCACACGAGCGCGUCACCACAUGCUCGAGAUCUACGCCGUGCUCGCGGAUGAGUCUAUCGCCAAAGGACGGGUGCAAUGGGCAGCGCAGGUCAAAUCCGAGAUCCAAGAACAAGACCCGGAUAAUGUCUUGGAGGGCUCAUACAUUUCCCUCGGUUCUCAUGAAGAUGCGGAUUUGAAGAAGGUUUACGGUCAUCACUAUGAGACGCUUGCUGCCCUGAAGAGGAAAUAUGAUUCUAAGAAUGUGUUUAAACACAGUAUCCCACGGCUGCUGGUGUCUGGGGAUGGGAAGGAGGUUAUAGAGGCCUGA